AUGUCAAACACCAUCCAGAAUUUAGACCCCGCCUUGGCUAGAAGAUUGGCGGAUAUGGAGGCCAUCAUCCAACGAAUCCCAGGAGUCCCGACCCCAAUCAAGAAAAGUGCAGAGAGCUGUUAUGCUGACUCGCCCUUUGUGGACGAAAUAACUUUGGUGGAAAUGCCGAGGAAGUUCAACUUCCCCCACAUGAAGAUGUUUGAUGGCGCGUCUGACCCAGACGACCAUAUCGCCCAAUAUCGACAGAGGAUGUUCACCGUGGCCAUCCCUCGUGACAUGAGGGAGGCGUGCAUGUGUAAGGGGUUCAGUUUUAGUCUAAUAGGAUCGGCCCUCCAGUGGUAUAUGAAUCUCCCGAAUAACUCUAUUAGCUCUUUUGCCCAACUAACUGAUGUUUUUGUCCAACAGUAUGCAAGUAGUAGGAAAUUGGAGAAGAUCUCGGAAGACCUGUACGCCAUUGUCCAAAGACAUGGAGAACCCUUUCGAGACUAUAUUAUACGUUUCAACAAGGAGAAUGUGUCAAUCACCAACUGUAGCGAGCAAACCGCUGUAACCGCUUUUCGCAAGGGUCUAUUGCCCGGCUCGGAUCUUUAUAAGACUCUCACCAAGUACCCGUGCAAGACCAUGGAGGACGUGUUGAUUCAGGCUUGGGCGCAGAUUAAGUGGGAGGAAGACCAAUACAACAUGCAGAGGGUCUUCCCACCCAGUAGACCCGAAAGAGACCACCGGGUGGACAGGAGGUCAGGUCGUUACAGACGUGCUGAACCAUAUCCACCUUAUCGACAAAGCAGAGGAAGGGAUGAGUACGAUAGGGAACCCGACACACGCCCCCGCGAGAAAGCAAAGAUUCCAGAGUAUGCCCUAUCCAUCUCCCCCGCCGAAGCAGUUGAGGCACUAAGGAACCUGGGCAACAAGGUCAAAUGGCCAGAGAGGAUGAGGGCCCCAGCCGACCAGAGGGACAGGUCCAAGUGGUGUGAGUUCCAUGCAGACCAUGGGCAUCGGACAGAGGAUUGCAUCGCCCUCAAAUUGGAAGUGGCCCACCUACUAAAACAAGGCCACCUCACCGAUUACCUAACCGAGAAGGGCAAGCAGACCCUACAACAAGGAAGGGAUAGACAUGAUGACCAUAGAGAAGCUACACCGCCAAUCCCACCAUCUUAUGAAAGAACCGUGAAUGUGAUAUCUGGUGGCUCCAAAGUAAGCGGGGUCACCCACUCCGCAGCAAAGAAGCAUACUCGACAGGCUAUGUCUAACACGGAAGAAACCAACAUGCCCUGCCAGACCGCUUCAACCCUUCCGACCCAAACAAUCAGUUUUCAUACAACUGAAUCAGACAAGCUUCUUCACCCUCAUCAUGAUGCUUUAGUUAUUUCAAUUUUUAUUGCAAAUUGUUUGAUCAAGCGUGUUCUAAUCAAUAAUGGUAGUUCUGCCAAUAUCUUGUUUUUUGAUGCUUUCAGGGAGAUGGGACUGAACGAGUCCAAAAUAAUAAAAAAAUCUGCGGUGCUCAUAGGCUUCAGUGGUGAGACCAAGACCACGAUGGGAGAGAUUGACCUUCCUGUCUAUGCCGAAGGGGUGAAUCAAUCAACCAAGUUCUUAGUGAUCAAUGCCCCUUCCGCGUUCAACGUCAUUUUGGGUCGACCAUGGAUCCAUGAUAUGGAAGCAGUGCCAUCUACCUACCACCAAGUCAUCCGAUUCCCAACUAAAUGGGGCAUCAAGGAGAUCAGGGGCGAGCAAAAAGAUUCAAGGGCAUGCUACCAAACGAUCAUGAAGGCAAAGCAAACCACUCAAUAG